GCUCCAGCUGCUGCUCCUGCCCCAGCUGCUGCUCCUGCUCCAGCUGCUGCUCCUGGUCCAGCUGCUGCUCCUGCUCCAGCUGCAGCUCCUGCCCCAGCUGCUGCUCCUGCCCCAGCUGCUGCUCCUGGUCCAGCUGCUGCUCCUGGUCCAGCUGCUGCUCCUGCUCCAGCUGCUGCUUCUGCCCCAGCUGCUGCUCCUGCUCCAGCUGCAGCUCCCGUUGAUCCAGCGAAUCCAGAAGGGGAUGAUGGAGAAAAGGCCCCUCCUCCUCCUCCUCCUGUCGUCUACUCCCGCUUCACAGAUGACACACUUAGAAAUGUGAUCAAAACUUUAAGAGAUCGGACAGCGAUGGUCAGAGAGAAAGUCACAGAUCCUUACGCCACUUCUCCAGAAAUCACCCCGCCCGUUACACCUAUUCUGAAGAAGGACGACUACUUGAGACUCAAGGAGGAGGAGCGCAUCGCAAAGGAAGAAGCGGACAAAAAGAAGGCAGAAGAGGCGGCUCGAAAGGCAGAGGAGAAGAAGAAGAAGGACGAGGAGAAAAGGCUGGAGGCUGAGAAGAAAGCAGAGGAGGAGAGGCUGGCGGAGGAGGCCAGGAGGAAAGCAAAGAUGUUCAACUGCUCCUGCUUCGACGUCCUCCUCCAGCCAGUUGAGACCAUGAUGGAUUCCGUUGUGGGAACCACCAUCGAUCCUUUCACAGAUCGUCGCUACAUCGGCUGGUUGACUGUGGUAGCAGUGGCGUACAACUACAACAUUUGGUUCUGCACCGCCCGGCUGGCGUUCCCUUACCAUAAUGCAACUGUCAACCCCUUCUGGGUAUUCUUUGACAUCCUGAGUGACUUAGUGAAUAUUAUUGACAUCAUCAUUUGGCAGCCUCGCCUUCAGUUUGUGAAAGCCGGGGACAUUAUCAAAGACAGAGGAAUGACAAAGGCACACUAUCGGAAGUCGCAACGGUUUAAGAUCGAUUUAAUCAGCAUCAUCCCAUUCGACCUGCUCUGCCUGCACUUUCAAUUCUCUGCCUUCUACAGACUCAACCGCUUCAUCAGGAUCGAUUCAUUUUUCGAGUUCAGUGACCGGCUCGAGAGCAUCAUGGCCAAGGCUUACAUCUGGAGAGUGGCUCGCACCACAGGCUAUUUGCUCUUCGUUCUCCAUCUUAACGCCUGCGUCUUCUUCGUCGCCUCAGUUCACCAGGGUCUGGCAACGACCACGUGGGUGUACAACGGGAAGGGCUCUGCGUAUUUGCGUUGUUACUACUUUGCUGUCCGGAGUCUGAUCAACAUCGGCGGUCUACCAGAGCCCAUAACCACGUUCGAGAUUAUGUUUCAAAUGACAAACUUCUUCGUUGGUGUCUUUGUCUUCUCCAGUUUGAUUGGACAGAUGAGAGACGUCAUCGGUGCAGCAACAGCGGGCAAGACAUAUUUCCGGGCGUCAAUGGACGGCUGUGUCGUCUACAUGAACAGGUACACGAUCCCUAAACUGUGCCAGAACAGAGUCCGAACCUGGUACAACUACACGUGGGCUGCACAGGGCAUGCUGGAUGAGUCGGAGUUGUUGGACAAGAUGCCUCUGGUGAUGAAAACUGCCAUCGCUGUGGACAUCAACCUGGCCACUUUUCAGAAGAUCGCACUGUUUCAGGGCUGUGACCAGCAGAUGCUGGUAGACAUGUUGUUAAGGCUCAAGUCAAUCAUCUAUUUACCCGGAGACUUUGUGGUGAAAAAAGGCGACAUCGGUAAAGAGAUGUACAUCAUCAAGAGUGGAGCGGUGCAGGUGGUGGGAGGACCUGACAACAGCAUCGUGUUUGUCACACUGAAGGCUGGAUGUGUGUUUGGAGAAAUCAGCUUAUUACAAUCAGCUAAAGAUGGAGGAAACAGGCGCACCGCAAACGUCAAAGCGCAUGGCUUUGCAAACCUCUUUGUCCUGGAGAAGAAGGACCUGUUUGACAUCCUCGUCCACUACCCCGAGUCUCAGAAAGUGCUGGCCAGGAAGGGAAGGCAACUGGUCAAAGCCAAAGGACCUGCACCUGCCAAAACCAAUGAGGAAAAGCCUAAAGGUGCGACUCUGUUUGGACCCAAACCACCAACACCCAAGAUGCUCAGAGCCUUCGGAGACCUGCGAAAAGGAGGAUUCAUGGAAAAACUCAGGCAAGGUGCAAGGGAGACACACUGAGCCUGGGAUUUUCAAGCAAGUAAAUGAAUGGUAAAUGUAAUGUAAAAACUUAAAUGAACUUUUCACGUAUACAAGAGGCAAGUGUCAAAAACAGAAACUUUGCCCGUCUUCCUUUCAUUCUUUUAUUUUGCUUAUUUUCCUGUGCUCCACUUGGUAAAAGAUGUCCGGGUUUAUUUCUAUGCGACAAACAAUUCACUAGUUAACACUGUUUUUUCAUACUUUGGUCUCUGAGCAUUGAGGAAACAAUCAGUCUCUGUAGGAAUCUCUGAGGCGUCUGAAACUGGAAAAAAAAAAAAAACAACAAAAAAACAGGAAACAGGAAAGAGUAUUUUUAGAGGUAAAAUUUUUAACUCUUAACACCUGAUAAGCAAGAAGCUCGCACAGCGUGAGGCCACACGCACAAAAUACAUACAACUAUAGACACACUGUCGCUAAUUAAAAAAACAAAAUAUAUAUAUACAAUGCAAAUAAUAAAACUUAAUAAAAAUAAAAUAGGCUGAAAUAAGGCACCUUUUACUUCUCUCAUGCAAUUGGACUUUUCCUCUCAAUAUGCAGACAGAACUGGUGACUAAUAUUUGGUUUUGUAAUGAAGAGCAGUUGAGAUGUUUGCUCUGUGAUACAUGGUCAGUUUGUGAUUCACACACACUCUCAUGAGUCUGUUCAAAGUCAGGUAAUCUGCAGGAUACUUGGCCUCGUAUGUUCCGUUUAGUUUCCAUCGUAGAUUUGUGCAAAAAAAAACAAAAACCCUGCUCUUUAGCUCUGGAGCUUCCAGAAGAUGAGCUGUCUGUCCUCUCCCCCUGUGAUCACUGUGCUGCACAGAUCAUUCAUCCACAUUGCUGUGACAGCACCUGGACAGAGGAGGAACAAUUUUAGCAUCACAGAUUUCUGAAGUGUGGCUGUUUGAGGUACUGAUACUGCUUUUAGUCUUUUAAUAACAGGCUCAACCAAUAAUAUCUACGUAAACUAGUGACUAUUUUUGGUGCUUUGCCUUUUAAUACUCUCCUGCACCUAAUAGAGAAAGUCUGCAUUUUCAGCUUGUGGAGCUCAUAGUCUACUCCUGCUUUGGUUGGUAAAGUUAUGUCACAUAGUGUAGGUCAAUUUGAACUAAACUUUUUAAACACUGAAGUCACAAAUGACCAGAAAUGAACUGACUGACUGGAGAAAAGGGGUCAGAUUUUAUUAUGUGAGCCUGUUGCUAGGUGGUUUCCCCGGCUAUGUUUUCAGUGAUUGCGAGCAUCCGUGUCUCAGCAGGCACACAGGAGGCGUGUCAGCUAUGAGUCAGCGCCUCCUAUAAACACACUUAAACAAACUGUCCCUUUAAAUAAGAGCUCAAAAUACAAUGUGUACAAUGUUUCACUGAUUUGUAUUAAGAUGAAGCAUAAAGCAUUUGCGACUGACGUCUGCUUCAUACUUUAUAGUAUAAAUUAAAGGAGAUGUGCUGGGAAUGUCAUUUGCUUACUUAUUAGAGAGAAACCUAAUGUAACGUGAUUUUUUCAGUUAUGUUAAAAACCUUUAAUAAAUGACAGGACGAAGGCUAACAAGCAGCAACAUACAUAUAAAGACUGUGAACUUUAAAGUCCUACUGUUGUGAUUAUAAAACGUACCUGCAUGUGCAGCCGAGAUCCUUUUGGUCACUGUGUUGCUGAGCAGGUCCCACAGCAGGAGGUCACCUGACCUUCCUCCACACAGCACUGAGUUCCCGUCCCAGCAGAAGCACCUGGAGACGACCACAAACACACGAGGACACAGAGUUCUUAAAACGGCAGAGACUUGAAGUGACUGACACUGGACGCCACGGUAAUUAGAGUGGGUGUUUUCUCACCUUUGCUCCUCCUCAGAUUUCACAGUGGAGAUCACCAUUCCUGUCUGGACGUCAAUAACCUUCAUACAGGAGUCGGCACCGACGCUGAGAACAUGUCGACUGUCUGAGGAUGCAAAAACCGCUGAUGUCGUUACCUCAAAGAGGGUCAUAGUUUCCAGGUGACUCUGGGAUUUACUGUCGGUUCUUCGCUGGAUUUAGUCUCAAACAGAUCCCGACCUUUUUCCAUUCAAAACAGGUCUGUUCAUUGGUAUCUUCAGCUCUUUUGUCUCACAUUCAGGUCCCAAGAUCACGAUCACAAUUAAGUAAAGUCAGAGGUCAAAGAUCAGUGAUACACACAUUUGCUUAUUUUGAAUAAACAUCUCUAAACAAUA